UUCGCACGAUCCAAAAUGGCAUCCCAACUGAGCAGAAAUUUUGCGGUGCUUGCUCGCCGAGCUGCUCGACUAUCCUGUGCUAGAUCCAUGUCUGGGGGUGCCUCAGUAGUGGAUCCGCAGAAGGGGAAAGUUGUUUCUGAUAAGAUUUCUAUGCCUGACACGCUUGGUCAUUCAGUAGGACCAGAACGAUAUGAGUUGUUGGCAAAACUAGCUGGAAAUGAAGAUCCUUUUGAAAUGAAUGUCAAGAAGCGAGCCAAAGGAACGAAAAAUGAACCAACACUAAUUCCAUCAUUAUACGAGAAACGAUUGGUAGGAUGUAUAUGUGAAGAGGACGCCACAUGCAUUAAUUGGAUGCACCUUCACAAAGGAGAGCCUAAGCGAUGUGAAUGUGGUUAUUGGUUCAACCUAGUAGAAGUGCAGAAAGUCGACUAUACCGAACAGUAACAUUUGUGACAGUUAGUCCGAUUGUAUUUUGAAAAUAUGUAAUAUAGUUUGGAAAAUCAUUCCUGUAUUCAUCUGAAAAAAUGGACUAGGUUGAUUCAUGACAGAGCUGAUGGAAUUUUCGGGUUCUGUUCCAAGUGACACAUUAUGUUUUAGUAUGCAGCAAUCAGUAAUUUUUCCUUGAAAUCUUUCAGUCAAGUUGAGGCAUUAUAUAUAAGCAGCAACAUCACUUUUGCUAUUGACAGUUUGCAAACUUAUCUCCUCUCUCACAAAUGCGUCUUAAAAGUUCUUACUUUGAAAGCUCAAGUUGCUGCCAAAUCAUACCUUCUCCCUAUUUUACAAGAGACUGCUGCGGCCAAAGAUUUGGUAUCUAUUUAUUCUACUCCAAAUUGCAUGAAACAAGUGUUAUGGUGAUGAGAAACUAAUUCUGCAGGCCAAAAAUAUAUGUAUUUUAGUCCACGUAUAUUGUUCAAAGUGGCACUGUCAUGCAAGCGCAGUAGGGUGCUGUGCAUGAAGUUACAGCCAAGGUGCAUUGUCAUCGCUCUGUUGCACGCACCUAUUAAGUGAGACAAGACCACCAUUGAAUAUUCAUAGGUUGGAGGUUCCAGACCUAUCAAUUAGACGCGAGUAUGUUUUUAACAGUCAAGUGCAUAUUUGGAGAGGUAUUGAAAAGAUAUUUGUUGUGGCAAGUCUACAGAUAUGAAGGAAUUAUUUGAUGAAAUAUUAAUUUUGAAUUUUGCUAAUUUCACCAUUUACUUGCCAGACUGUCCAGAAUAUCAUAUCAAAGUUUCAGAUUCACAACCCCACGCAGUAUUUGAUGCGUCGCGGUCAAACAUUGACAAUUGAACUGCUAAAAGGCUUAAAAAAUCAAUGGUGGUCUUGUCUCAAGUGGAAAAGGCAUUUUGGGGUCAUCACCACCUGGCAUGCUGUGGAGAAUCUGUAGAGGUUCUUCACGUGUUUUGAUGGCCACCUGCCAAUGCAUUUCCUUAACUUCGUGACCACGUGUGACGGCCAAUAUAGCAGUGUAAAACAAUUGGUAACGUCAUCAUGUGACGUCAGUGAAGAACCUCUAUAUGCUGGCGUUAAUUUUAGAAUUUGCAAUACUUAACUGUGAAGAGGUAUUGACACUGUGUUUGUGGAAGUGGCCAUCCAUCACUGCACUUAUUUUGUGCAAUUUGGUGCAAACUAAUAUAGUGCAAGCCAUUUUUGCUACGACAACCACUUGUGAAUUUAGGAGUAGUGCUGUGUUGCUGAGUGUGUUAUUACUACAUAUCAACGAUGUCACAAUAUUUUCUAAGAACAUGCUGAAGUUGCUAAAAGCUCAUUUGUCCAAGCUAUGGCCUGUGUGCAUAUAAUCAAACAAAUCUGGUUGACUGUGUGAAUGCUUUUCUGGCCAAUAUGCUGCGUUUAAGUAGAAAUAAACCAAGUCAAAUCCUGCAGUGCGAGUGGUUUGAUAUUAGUUAAAAAUUUCCUGGAAAUUUAAUAACUAGCUGUUCGUAUGUGCUAGUCAUGAGUAAGAUUUUACUGUUCAACCGAAACAUAGCUUGUAGCAUUCAUUAGAAUGAAAUGCAUUUGCAGUAAGAACUUGAUUACUCGAAACCCAAUUACUGCUCAAAAUUUUGGUCACUUGAACAAGUCUUUGAAUAACUAAUAACAAGAGUACAUCUCACUUGGCAGACAUUCAUAUCUCAUACAUGUAGUAUCUUUAAUAUCCUUGAACAAGCUCAAUGAUGUAACAGUAAUCCCGAUCGAUGCUUGUAGCGUUCCGUUUCAGUGAUUUUCCGGUUUGAGAAUUUAUUAACUCCUAUUAUUUAGUUGUCAUAUUUGUGCAAUCUAAUACUAGUUUGUCAUUGUCUGGAAAGGACUCUCUGUUUGGAAGCUUGAAAUACAAAAGCCAAAGGCAAUGGAAUGAUAAUGUAUGUACAUUCUUAUUUAAUCAGGUUUGUGGCAAGCAAAACACAUACCUCAUGACCUCAAUAUCUGUACUCAUUGUCAAUGUGGUUUUAAAUGACUCACGUUGUUUUCCACACUAGUUUGGAUUUAUACUAAUGCGUGUCAAUAAACAGAAAUGGUCUUUGUUGAUAAAAUCAUAA